CCUGCAGGCCCCAUCAUGGCGCCCUUCCUGCGUAUCGCCUUUAACUCCUACGAGCUGGGGACCCUGGAGCCCGCAGAGGACGCCCCGCCCUUCUGUGCUGUGAAGAUGAAGGAGGCGCUCAGCACAGAGCGUGGGAAGACCCUGGUGCAGCGGAAGCCCACCAUGUACCCCGAGUGGAAGUCGUCCUUCGACGCCCACAUCUACGAGGGCCGAGUGAUCCAGAUCGUGCUGAUGCGGGCGGCCGAGGACCCCAUGUCCGAGGUGACGGUGGGCGUGUCGGUGCUGGCCGAGCGCUGCAAGAAGAACAACGGCAAGGCUGAGUUCUGGCUGGACCUGCAGCCACAGGCCAAGGUGUUAAUGUCUGUGCAGUAUUUCUUGGAAGACACAGACUGCAAGCAGUCGAUUCGGGGUGAAGACGAAGCCAUGUGUCCAUCCACAAUGAACCGCCGGGGGGCCAUCAAGCAGGCCAAGAUCCACUACAUCAAGAACCACGAGUUCAUCGCCACCUUCUUUGGGCAGCCCACCUUCUGUUCCGUGUGCAAGGAUUUUGUUUGGGGUCUCAACAAGCAAGGAUACAAGUGUCGGCAAUGCAACGCUGCUAUCCACAAGAAAUGCAUCGACAAGAUCAUCGGCCGGUGCACUGGCACGGCCGCCAACAGCCGCGACACCCUGUUCCAGAAAGAACGUUUCAACAUCGACAUGCCGCACCGGUUCAAGGUUCACAACUACAUGAGCCCCACCUUCUGCGACCACUGCGGCAGCCUGCUCUGGGGGCUGGUGAAGCAGGGGCUCAAAUGCGAAGACUGUUCCAUGAAUGUGCACCACAAGUGCCAGAAGAAGGUGGCCAACCUGUGUGGCAUCAACCAGAAGCUGCUGGCCGAGGCCUUGAACCAAGUCACCCAGAGAGCCAGCGUCCGGAAGGAUCUGGAUCAGUCCCUGGGGAGCCAGCAUUCCUCAAAUUCUGUUGUUGGGGUCUACCAGCCUUUUGAGAAGAAGCCAGGGGUCUCUGGAGACGAUAGCCCGGACCUUGGAGCCUAUGACCGGCUCUGGGAAUCCUCGGGCCUGUCUUCUAAGUGCACCAUCGAUAAGUUCGUCUUCCACAAGGUUCUGGGCAAAGGCAGCUUCGGGAAGGUGCUCCUGGCAGAGCUCAAGGACAAAAAGGAGUUCUUUGCCAUCAAGGCGCUCAAGAAGGACGUGGUCCUGAUUGAUGAUGAUGUGGAGUGCACCAUGGUGGAGAAGCGGGUGCUGGCGCUCGCCUGGGAGAACCCCUUUCUCACCCACCUAUACUGCACCUUCCAGACCAAGGAGCACCUGUUCUUCGUGAUGGAGUUCCUCAACGGGGGUGAUCUGAUGUACCACAUCCAGGACAAGGGCCGCUUUGAGCUGUACCGCGCCACCUUUUAUGGCGCCGAGAUCAUCUGUGGCCUGCAGUUCCUGCACAGCAAAGGGAUCAUUUACAGGGACCUCAAGCUGGACAACGUGAUGCUGAACAGCGCAGGCCACAUCAAGAUUGCUGACUUUGGGAUGUGCAAAGAGAACGUGUUUGGGGACAAGCUGGCCAGCACCUUCUGCGGCACCCCUGACUAUAUCGCCCCCGAGAUCCUGCAGGGUCAGAAGUACUCUUUCUCCGUGGACUGGUGGUCCUUUGGAGUCCUUCUCUACGAGAUGCUCAUCGGCCAGUCCCCCUUCCACGGCGACGACGAGGACGAGCUCUUCGAGUCCAUCCGCGUGGACACCCCGUAUUUCCCCCGUUGGAUCACCAAGGAGUCCAAGGACAUUCUGGAGAAGCUGCUGGAGAGGGACCCAAACAAGCGGCUGGGAGUGACAGGGCUGAUCCGGACGCACCCCUUCUUCAAGACCAUCAACUGGACUCUGCUGGAGAAGCGCGAGCUGGAGCCGCCCUUCAAGCCCAAAGUGAAGUCCCCCGGAGACUACAGCAACUUCGACCAGGAGUUCCUGGGCGAGAAGCCGCGGCUCUCCUACAGCGACAAGAACCUCAUCGACUCCAUGGACCAGACCGCCUUUGCCGGCUUCUCCUUCGUGAACCCCAAGUUUGAGAAGCUCUUGUGAUAGUGUCGUUACCAACGUAACCCCCCCUCCCCUCCAGCCAGGCAGCCUGGGGCCAGCUAGCAUGGCCCGUCCAUCCACCCCGGGCAGGGGCUGGGCACCCUGACAGCGCCAGCCCGUCGCCCAGCAUCAGCCCUUGUGUGACUUGUGAUCGCUGCUGCCGCCCCCUCCACCACCCCCUGGGGGUCCCGGGCUCCGACUGGGCUCUUACGGUACUUCCUCUGUGAACUCUGUGAAUCUGCUUUCCCUCUGCCCGCAGAGGGAAAUUGUAAAUCCUGUGUUUCAUUACUUGAAUGUAGUUACCUAUUGAAAAAAAUAUAUACGUGCCUAGAUGCACGUAUAUAUAAUAGGCUGUAUAUAUUGCUCGGUAGAGAAAAUAAUGGGAACUGGUGGUGUGUUUAUCUUUUUAAAAAAGUAUGUAUGUAUAAAAGUAUAUAUGUAUAUGUAUAGAUAUACAUAUAUAUGUAUAGCCAAAAAAAAAAAACGCAAACUGAACUACUACCAGGUUCUUUUAUUUGUGAGUCUAAAUAAACGCC